AUGGUCAGGAUGUCCCAGAUGUGGAUGCUGAGAUGGGUCAUCCUACUGGUGGGCCUGCAGUUCAUACAAGCAGAUUUUGUCUGUGAUUAUGAGGUGAGCACUGAGGAAACAGUAGAUUGGAAACCCGAUUGCUCUUCAGUGUUCCCUGGCAUGACAAAUUUGAUCAUAACUGAAGCUGUACCAAAUCCUGAUCAUCAGUCCACGAUCUGCAGCACAUGGGGAAAUUUCCACUUCAAGACAUUCGACGGCCAUUUCUUCCAACUGCCAGACACGUGCAGCUACGUUCUGGUGAAGAUGUGCAACAGUCCCGUUUCUGAUUUCAACAUUGAAAUCCAAAGACAGAUUGUAAAUAACUCAAUCACAUUUGGCAAAAUCACAAUAAAUCUGGAAGGGACAGUCAUUGUACUCACCAACAACGACAUUGUGAUGGGAGACCAAGUGGUGUACGAUUCAACCUAUAAGGAUGGAAUUACCAUCGAGCUGAGCCCAAGUGUUAAGAUCUCCAACAAACAUGGAGUGUCUGUCUUUUGGGAGAAGGACAGAUCGUUUUUGAUUGAGCUUUCAGAAAAGUACAAAGAAAAGACCUGUGGACUUUGUGGAAACUUCAAUGGCAACAAGUCUGAUGAUUCCUUUAAAAAUGAAUAUGAUGUGGCUGCAUGGAAAGAGUCUUCAUCUGAAUCCUGUGGGAACAUCGUAAUGCAACCUAAUGGUCAAUGUGAAAACCAGACAAGCCUUUGCCAGGACUAUCUCAGCAGUCCAGGGUUUAGCGGCUGUUAUGAUGUGAUGGACAUGAGUUUAUUUGAAAAAGCCUGUGAGAGCGACCUGUGUCAAUGUUACGGCAGUCAUGACUGUCUGUGCAGCACACUAACAGAGAUUUCACAGCAAUGCACACAUGCUGGAGGACAACCAGGAACAUGGAGGACAGAACAGCUCUGUCCAAAGACAUGUCCUCUAAACCUGCAAUACCUGGAGUGUGGUGGUCCAUGCAAGAACACCUGCUCAGCCCCAACUGCAGAUCUGAUGUGUACCGAUCACUGUGUGGACGGCUGCUUCUGCCCUGAAGGUAUGGUCGAGGAUGACAUUGGUCAGAGUGGAUGUGUUCCUGUGAACAAAUGCCCAUGUGUCCACAAUGACAAAACCUACUCCUCAGGAGACUCGUACACAGAGGCUUGUAAAACAUGUACAUGUGAUGCUGGACGCUGGACCUGCUCAUACCUGGACUGUCCUGGAAUCUGCUCUGUUGUUGGAGGGUCUCACAUCACCACUUAUGAUGGAAAAACCUUCACCUUCAGCGGGAACUGCGACUACAUCCUCACUAAGCACUCUAACAACAGUGAUUUUGCUGUGGUGGGAAAUCUGGCACCGUGUAAUCCGGCCCGAACAGACAUUUGUCUAAAUUCAGUUGCCCUUGUCAUCUUGGGAAUCACUAUCAGCUUUUCCUCUAAUGGUGAUGUGACGCUGAAUGGAAACAGCCCAUUUAAGCUUCCUGCUAUCAUAGGUCCUGUGAGCAUCUUCCAGCCCUCUUCAUCUUUCAUUAUUGCUGAUUUAAAUAGUAUUCGUCUGGAGAUCCAGCUGGCUCCAGUCAUGCAGUUGUAUAUUAUAGCCAGCACUGAGGAGAAAGGGAAAAUGACUGGUCUGUGUGGAAACUAUAAUGAGGUCCAAAAAGACGACUUUAAAACUGAAUCGGGCAUUAUAGAGGGCACAUCGACAACCUUUGUCAACUACUGGAUAAAAAACAGUGGGCAGUACAGCUGUACAGAUGUUAAAGACACAUUUACAGAAAACCCUUGUAGCUUGCGCAUUGAGACAGAGAAACUUGCUAAAGACUGGUGUUCCCGGCUUACAAAUCAAAGUGGAGUCUUUUCUUCAUGUCAUUCAGAAAUAUGCCCUGACAUUUACUACCAAUGGUGCAUCUAUGACACCUGCAAGUGUGCAGAUAUCAGGAAGUGCAUGUGUGCGGCUCUUUCCACCUAUGCCCACGCAUGUGCUGCCAGAGGAAUCAUUCUCCAAGGCUGGAUGGAUGCAGAGCCUUGUGGUGAGAAGACUAAGUGUCCAGCGAACAUGAAGUACUCCUAUAGUGUAACCAGUUGUGACAGCACCUGCCGUUCUCUCAGUGGACAAGAAAACAGCUGCCAAGGGUCCUUCACACCUGUAGAUGGCUGCGUCUGCCCUGAGGGAACCUUCCUUAAUGAAGAGGACAGAUGUGUACCUGCUGAUCAGUGCCCUUGUUAUCUUGAUGACAAGGUCAUACAUCCAUCAGAAACGAUCUCUAAAAAUGGGGUUAAAUGCACCUGCAACCUUGGCAAAUUGGAGUGCUCCAGUCAAGACUGCAAGUCUCCAAUGAUCUUCUUUAACUGCUCUAAUUAUGAACAAGAUCAGAAAGGGAUGGAGUGUCAGAGUACAUGUGAGAAACAAGACUCCAACAAUUGUGUCAGCACAGGGUGUGUAUCAGGGUGUAUGUGUCCUGAGGGUCUUCUGGCUGAUGGAGAAGGUGGAUGUGUGGCGAGUUACGAAUGUUCAUGUACCCACAAUGGAGUCACCUAUAAACCCAUGGAGCAAGUUCAACAAGACUGUAACACCUGCACAUGCACAAAUGGUAUGUGGAUUUGUACAGAAGUGUCAUGUUACGAAACCUGUACCAUCUACGGUGAAGGUCAUUACAAGACUUUUGAUGGCAAGAGAUACUCCUACCAUGCAGAUUGUGCACACACUUUGGCCCACGAUUCUUGCAUUAUGGACCAGACUCCCUCAUUCAGACUUGUCUCAGAGAACAAACUUUGUGAAUCCACCAGCACCAUCUGCAAGUCCAUCAGUCUGUUCUUUGGGCCAUCUGAGAUACAUUUAUCUGAGGAUGGAGUCAAAGUUUUGGAAAGCAGCAACACUGAAUACAAAUAUCAAAUCCAUUCUGCUGGGAUAUAUAUUGUUGUAGAGGUCCAGGGUCUUUUGAACUUAAUCUGGGACAAUAAAACAAGUGUGAUUCUUCAACUCCAUCCCAACUUAAAGGGCAAUGUGUGUGGACUGUGUGGAAACUUUGAUGGUAAUGCAAAUAAUGACUUUAUGAAACACAAUGGAGAAGUGGUGACCGAUCCAGAGGAAUUUGGGAUUAGCUGGAAGGUGAAACCCGACUGCCCGGAUGUGACAAACAUAAUAGACUUGUGUACAGAAAAUCCACAUCGCCAUGUCUGGUCUGAAAAACGAUGUAGCAUCAUAAAAAGUGAUGUCUUUAAGGAUUGCCACACACUUGUGGACCCUAACCAAUACUAUGACAAUUGUGAAAGAGACACAUGUGGAUGUGAAACUGGGGGCGACUGUGAUUGUUUCUGCACUGCAGUAGCAGCUUAUGCUUCUGAAUGCCGUCGAAAGGGAGCUUGUGUGAAAUGGCGGAGCCCAAAUACAUGUCCUUUAUUUUGUGACUACUACAAUCCUCCGGGAAAAUGUGAAUGGCACUAUGAUUCCUGUGGACCACCCUGCCCAAAAACCUGCAAAAACCCAACUGGAACCUGCUCUGAUCAAAUUCCACUCCUUGAAGGAUGUUUUCCUCAGUGCCCUCCAGAAACUCCAUAUUUGCUGGAUGAAACCAUGACUUGUGUUAAAGAGUGUUACUGUAUCUAUAACGGAAUGCAAUUCACUGUUGGAUCAAUAGUUUACACCAUUGAAUACAAGGAAGGAACAUGUGCCAGUGGUGUAUGUAUAGAAAAUGGGGCAAUAAAAAAUAUUACUAUGGAUUGUCCAACAACCACUCCUUCUACUACUGGUACUAUAACACCACCAUCUACAACAACAGAAAUAUUUAUCUCUACAACUCCAACAGUGACAACUACAACUCCUACAAUACCCACUACUACUUACUAUAACACCACCAUCUACAACACAAGAAACAUCUACCACUACAACUCAUACAAUGACAAACACAACUCCAACCAUACCCACAACUAUUACUACUGUAAUACCACCAUCUACAACAACAGAAACAUCUACCACUACAACUCCAACAGCGAGAACUGGAACCAUGAUCAAUACCACAACAUCAACUAUCUCUACUACCACAACACCACCAUCUACAACAACAGAAACAUCUACCACUACAACUCCAACAGUGACAACCACAACUCCUACAAUACCCACUACUACAGUAACACCACCAUCUACAACAACAGAAAUAUCUACCGCUACCUCUACAACUCCAACAUGACAACCACAACUCCUACAAUACCUACUACCACAACACCAAACAUCUACCACUACAACUCCAACAGUGACAACCACAACUCCUACAAUACCUACUACCACAACACUGCCAUCUACAACAACAGAAACAUCUACCACUACAACUCCAACAGUGACAACCACAACUCCUACGAUAUCUACUACCAUUACUACAGUAACACCACCAUCUACAACAACAGAAAUAUCUACCGCUACCUCUACAACUCCAACAGUGAGAACUGGAAACAUGAUCAAUACUAUAACACCACCAUCUACAACACAAGAAACAUCUACCACUACAACUCAUACAAUGACAAACACAACUCCAACCAUACCCACAACUAUUACUACUGUAAUACCACCAUCUACAACAACAGAAACAUCUACCACUACAACUCCAACAAAACAUCUACCGCUACCUCUACAACUCCUACCGUGUCAACCACAACUCCUACAAUACCUACUACCACUACUACUGUAACUCCACCAUCUACAACAACAGAAAUAUCUACCACUACCUCUACAACUUCUACAGUGACAACCACAACUCCUACAAUACCUACUACCACAAUACCACCAUCUACAACAACAGAAACAUCUACCGCUACCUCUACAACUCCUACCGUGUCAACCACAACUCCUACAAUACCUACUACCACUACUACUGUAACUCCACCAUCUACAACAACAGAAACAUCUACCGCUACCUCUACAACUCCUACCGUGUCAACCACAACUCCUACAAUACCUACUACCACUACUACUGUAACUCCACCAUCUACAACAACAGAAAUAUCUACCACUACCUCUACAACUUCUACAGUGACAACCACAACUCCUACCACACCACCACCAUCUACAACAACAGAAACAUCUACCGCUACCUCUACAACUUCUACAUUGACAACCACAACUCCUACAAUACCUACUACCGAAAUACCACCAUCUACAACAACAGAAACAUCUACCGCUACCUCUACAACUUCUACAUUGACAACCACAACUCCUACA